GCCCCGUCUUGGCCAGGCCGGGCCGGGCGGUCCUGCCGCGGGCCGGGCCCCUUCACCUCUCCCCGGGCCGCCCGCCGGCCCCCCCCAUCGGGUCGGGUCGGGCCGGGCCCCAGCAGCGGCCGGGCAGGAAGGCGGGGAGGCUGCCGAGCCCAGGCCGGAGCAGGGCUGGCCGUGGCUGUGAAGAUCUUAUGAUCAAAUCCCCUUCCCCCAGCGCGGCUGAGACCUGAGACCCCUGCAGCCUGUGCAGAAAAGCAAUGACCAACCAUGAGGCCGAUCCUGACACAGCCCAGCCGCAGCUCUCUCCACAAGUUACCGGCGGGUCAGGUAGGCCCUAGACGGGAUGUUAACCCUUUCAGUGCUUCAAGCCUCCCUCGAGUGAGAGAAAGGAACAAGAUGCAAGCAAGUAAAGGAACAGCAUGAAGACAUAGAAGUCAGUGAGGAAGAAGUUAAGUCCCAGAUGGGAGGGAGGAGGAGACGCCUUGUUUUUGGAGCUGAAAUCCUCUUGUAAGCUAUGGAGAAAGAACUCUUUUUCCUUAUAACGCAUGAAACUAUGGGGAGAUGCAAGUGUUCAAAUUGAUAUCGAGCAAAGGCCUCCAUGCUAAGAUAAGCAGAUGUUGAAAUGGCUGUGAUCCCAUGAGAAGUUUGAACAGAGGAAGAGAGAAGAGUAGUCCUGUGCUUCCAGGAGAAGAAGAUCUCUGUUCCCAGGGAUGAAGAUGAUUUUAGAAAUAGACAAUAAGGAGAACUUUUGCCUUUGAACAGCUCAUCUUUAGAACAAUACCCCAUAAGUAGAUGUGGCCCAUUGACAAGCUGUGGGAAGGCUUGUGGAAAUGGGAAAGACUUCAUGAUGGCAGGAUUCCCUGGGUGGCUGCUGUGCGUGACAAAUUGAGAGCCACGAGAGAACUGUUUCCUUUCCUCUUGUGGAGAAGUCUCUAUAACCUUAACAAGAGGGACUUCUCUCCCUCAGUGAACUGAAGAAAGACUAUUUUAGAGGUGGUAAACUGACUGGAAAUCUUGGGUGUGGUUUCUUUACAUUGUCUGUAGGAAAGAAAAGGUUGUGAGGGGAAGAGAAGUGUUGUGAAAGGGAUGAUGAUGUCGCAGUUUAAUAUUUCUCAGAACUCCAUGAGAGGUAGUCCUGCAUCUUCUAAUUAUCAACAAACUACUAUCUCACAUAGCCCUUCCAGCCGGUUUGUGCCACCACAAACAAGCUCUGGUAACAGGUUUUUGGCACAACAGAACAGUCCAGUGCCUAGUCCAUAUGCUCCUCAAAGUCCUGCAGGAUACAUGCCAUAUUCACAUCCUCCAAGUUACACACCACAUCCUCAGAUGCAGCAAGCUUCAGUAUCUAGUCCCAUUGUCACAACUGGGAUGAGAAAUCUCCAUGAAAAUAAAGUUUCAAGUCAGUUGUCUGGAAAUUCAGCUAAUUAUCAUGCUGAUAAUUCUAGACAUGGCUCAAAUGAAGACUAUCUACAGAUGGUGCACAGGAUAAGUAGUGAUGAUGGAGAUCCUUCAGUAAGGAAUGCUGCAUCUUUUUCCUUGAGGUCACCACAGUCAGUCUGCUCUCCAUCUGGAAGUGAUGGAACCCUUAAAGGAUCAAGACAACCUUUAAUCCAACAAUCUCAACCUCCACCUUAUUCAUCACCUAGAGAUGUUCCCCCAGACAUAUUGUUAGAUUCUCCAGAAAGAAAGCAAAAGAAACAAAAGAAAAUGAAGUUAGGCAAGGAUGAAAAAGACCAGACUGAAAAAGCUGCAAUGUAUGAUAUCAUUAGCUCUCCUUCCAAGGACUCCACUAAGCUUACGUUAAGACUGUCUCGUGUAAGAUCUUCGGAUAUGGACCAGCAGGAUGAUAUGCUUUCUGGUUUGGAAAACAGCAGUGUUUCAGAGGGUGAUAUUCCUUUUAAUGUGCAGUACCCAGGACAGACUUCUAAAACACCCGUUACUCCACAGGAUGUUAACCGCCCAUUAAACGCUGCUCAGUGUUUGCUGCAGCACGAACAGACAGCUUUCCUUCAGGCACAACAAGUGCCUGUUUUGCAACAGAACACUUCAGUUGCUGCAAAACAGCCUCAAACUCCUGUGGUACAGACAGAGCAACAGGUUUCGCAACAAGGAGCUAUAACGUCAUAUGAUGAAGUAGAAUUGGAUGCAUUGGCUGAAAUUGAGCGGAUAGAACGUGAAUCAGCUAUUGAAAGGGAGCGAUUUUCAAAAGAAGUGCAAGAUAAAGAUAAGCCUCUGAAGAAGCGAAAACAAGAAAAUAAACCACAGGAGGUUGGAGGUGCUACUGGAGGAAAUAGAGCAGCUUCUCAGGAGACAGGUUCUGCAGGAAAUGGGGCAAGGCCAGCGCUGAUGGUUAGUAUUGAUCUGCAGCAAGCAGGAAGAGCAGAUUCUCAGGCAACAGUAACUCAAGAUUUGGACAUCAUCAAAAAACCUGAAGAAAUUAAGCAGUAUAAUGAUGUGUUUGUGUGUGUUCCCCAAGAAGACACUGUUGGAGUUCUUAAAUUUAAACCUGAAAACCAUCCUGAGAUUUUUAGGAAAAUGUCAGACUUUGGGGGUCAAAAGACAGAUAUCCAGCAAAAUGAAAACAGACAAAUGGAAUUUCAGCAAAAUGUGAGCAGGCAGUUGGAAAGUAAACAGAAUGAGAAGAAACAGGUAGAAGCUAAACAUGAAAGCAAGCAUGAAAGCAGACAAAUGGAUGUGAAACUAAAUGAGAACAGACAAACAGAAUCAAAACAAAACCAGAGCAGGCAAAUGGAGAUGAAACAAAAUGAGGGAAAACAAAACAAUGGCAAACAGGAAAUAAGGCAGAGGCCUGAAACACCGAAACAGAAGAAUGAAGGCAGGCCUGAAAUGCCAAAACAUAGACAUGAUAACAGAAGGGACUCAAGUAAACCAUUAUCAGAUAAGAAAAUAGAAAUAUCUAGGCAUAAAAUAGAUGUGAAAUCUGAUCCUUCAAGGAUAAAAUCUGAAAGUAGACCCGAUCCAACAAAACUGAGGCCUGAUGGGCGCUCAGUUUCUGAUACACCAAGGCGUGACCAUGAUAGCCUCAAACAAAGAUCAGAGGACAGGGAGGAGUCAGAGAGAUACAGAGGAGAUCCAUCCAAGAUCAGAAGACCUGAAAAUUCGAGAUCCUCAAACAAAAAUGAACAUGAUUCUAAACAUGGUAUUAAAUCUGAUAGUUCAAAACCUGAGAAAUUUGCAAGGAAACAUAGACAUGAGUCUGGUGAAUCAAGGGAAAGGUUUUCUUCUGGGGAUCAGAAAUCAAGACCUGACAGCCCUCGCAUUAAACAAGAAGGUAGAGGAGAUUCUAAUAAAUCAAGACCUGAUAAACCUGGCUUUAAAUCACAAAACAGCAAGGAUGAACAAAGGACAGAUGGUAACAAGAGUAAAGUAAAUAGUAAUAAAGCACAUGCUGACAGUAAAGCAGAGUUUCCCAGUUAUUUGUUGGGGGCAAGAUCUGGUGCAUUGAAACAUUUUGUCAUUCCAAAAAUCAAGCGUGAUAAAGAUGUCAAUGUCACUCAGGAAUCAAGGAAAACUGAAUUUAAAGGUGAACAGGACAAAGUAGAGAAGAUUGGGCUAGUUGAAGAUCUAAAUAAAGGAGCUAAGCCUAUAGUUGUCCUUCAAAAACUUUCACUGGAUGAUGUGCAGAAAUUUAUUAAGGAUAGAGAAGAUAAAUCAAGGGGCUCUUGUUUUAAACCUAGCAAGAACAAGUCAUCCAAAUCUAAUAAAGGUAGCAUAGAUCAGUCAGUGUUAAAGGAAUUACCACCUGAUCUCCUGGCAGAAAUUGAAUCCACCAUGCCACUUUGUGAACGUGUGAAAAUGAACAAGCGCAAACGUAGCACAGUUAAUGAGAAACCAAAAUAUGCUGAAAUCAGUUCUGAUGAAGACAAUGACAGUGAAGAAGCCUUUGAAUCUUCUCGUAAAAGACAUAAAAAGGAUAGAGAUGAAGCUUGGGAGUAUGAAGAACAUGAUAGAAGAAGUUCUGGUGACCACAGGAGAAGUGGUUAUUGUCAUGAAGGAAGGAGGACUUCUGGUAGUGGCCGUUAUCGUAAUCGCAGUCCCAAUGACUCUGAGAUGGAUGAUUAUUCUCCUCUUCCUAGCCUCAGUGAGGUAGCUAGAAAAAUGAAGAAAAAAGAAAAACAAAAGAAGAGGAAAGCUUAUGAACCUAAACUAACACCUGAAGAAAUGAUGGAUUCUUCUACUUUCAAAAGAUUUGCUGCUUCAAUAGAGAAUAUUUUGGAAAAUUUAGAAGACAUGGAUUUUACAGCACUUGGUGAUGAUGAUGAGAUUCCACAAGAACUGCUACUGGGAAAGCAUCAGCUUAGUGAGUUGGGGAGUGAAUCUGCAAAAAUCAAGGCAAUGGGCAUUAUGGACAAGCUCUCAACAGAUAAAACAGUAAAAGUCUUGAAUAUUUUGGAGAAGAAUAUUCAAGAUGGAUCAAAGCUUUCCACAUUAUUUAACCAUAACAAUGACACUGAAGAUGAGGAGAGAUUAUGGAGAGAUCUUAUUAUGGAGAGAGUGACAAAAUCUGCUGAUGCUUGUCUUACUGCUAUCAAUAUUAUGACAUCACCAAAUAUGCCUAAAGCUGUAUAUAUUGAAGAUGUAAUAGAAAGAGUUAUUCAAUAUACAAAAUUUCAUUUGCAAAACACUCUCUAUCCUCAGUAUGAUCCUGUGUAUAGAGUGGAUCCUCAUGGCGGUGGUGUUUUAAGUUCAAAAGCAAAACGUGCCAAGUGUUCCACCCACAAGCAAAGAGUUAUAGUGAUGUUAUAUAACAAAGUUUGUGACAUUGUCAGCAGUUUGUCAGAGUUGCUAGAGAUACAGCUUCUCACUGAUACAACUAUUCUUCAAAUAUCAUCUAUGGGAAUAACACCUUUCUUUGUAGAAAAUGUCAGUGAACUACAGCUAUGUGCCAUCAAAUUAGUGACUGCAGUGUUCUCCAGGUAUGAAAAACAUAGACAGCUAAUACUAGAAGAAAUUUUCACUUCCCUCGCAAGACUACCAACCAGCAAGAGGAGUUUGAGAAAUUUCAGAUUAAACAGCAGUGACACUGAUGGAGAGCCUAUGUAUAUUCAGAUGGUAACAGCACUAGUUCUGCAGCUUAUUCAGUGUGUGGUGCAUUUGCCAUCAACAGAAAAAGAUUCUAAUUCAGAGGAGGAAUCAAACAAAAAAGUGGAUCAAGAUGUGCUUAUGACUAACUCAUAUGAAACAGCCAUGAGAACAGCACAAAACUUCCUUUCUAUUUUCCUUAAGAAAUGUGGCAGUAAACAAGGGGAAGAAGAUUACAGACCACUGUUUGAGAACUUUAUUCAAGAUCUUCUUUCCACAGUCAAUAAACCAGAAUGGCCAGCUGCAGAGUUGCUACUUAGUUUAUUAGGAAGGCUAUUGGUUCACCAGUUCAGUAACAAAUCUACAGAAAUGGCAUUAAGAGUUGCAUCGCUUGACUAUCUUGGAACUGUAGCUGCAAGACUCAGGAAAGAUGCAGUCACUAGCAAAAUGGAUCAAGGUUCUAUAGCCAGAAUACUCAAACAGGUUUCAGGAGGAAAAGAUGAAAUUCAACAGCUGCAAAAGGCUUUGCUAGAUUAUCUGGAUGAGAACACAGAAACUGAUGCAUCAUUAGUGUUUUCUCGGAAGUUUUAUAUAGCUCAGUGGUUUCGGGAUACAACUAUGGAGACAGAGAAAGCAAUUAAAUCUCAGAAGGAUGAGGAUUCAUCUGAAGGAACUCAUCAUGCAAAAGAUGUUGAGACCACGGGGCAGAUCAUGCAUAGAGCGGAAACUCGCAAAACAUUUCUUCGCAGCAUCAUUAAAACUGCUCCAUCUCAGUUCAGUACAUUAAAGAUGAAUUCUGAUACUGUGGACUAUGAAGAUGCAUGUUUGAUUGUUCGCUACUUGGCCUCUAUGAGGCCAUUUGCCCAGAGCUUUGAUAUUUAUUUGACACAGAUUCUACGUGUACUUGGUGAAAAUGCAAUUGCUGUUCGAACAAAAGCCAUGAAGUGUCUGUCUGAGGUUGUUGCUGUAGACCCCAGUAUUCUAGCCAGGCUGGAUAUGCAACGAGGAGUUCAUGGGCGGCUAAUGGAUAACUCCACUAGUGUAAGAGAGGCAGCUGUGGAGCUUCUUGGCCGAUUUGUGCUCUGUCGUCCUCAGCUAGCUGAGCAGUAUUAUGAUAUGCUUAUUGAAAGAAUAUUGGAUACUGGUAUCAGUGUCAGAAAAAGAGUCAUAAAGAUACUUAGGGAUAUCUGCAUUGAACAACCAACAUUUCCCAAAAUUACUGAGAUGUGUGUAAAAAUGAUUCGGAGAGUCAAUGAUGAAGAAGGCAUUAAGAAAUUAGUAAAUGAGACAUUCCAGAAGCUCUGGUUCACUCCAACUCUACAUCAUGACAAAGAAGCAAUGACUAGGAAAAUACUAAACAUCACUGAUGUGGUUGCAGCUUGUAGAGAUACAGGCUAUGAUUGGUUUGAACAACUUCUUCAAAAUCUGUUGAAGUCAGAAGAAGAUGCCUCAUAUAAACCUGUGAAGAAAGCCUGUACUCAACUUGUUGACAAUUUGGUUGAGCACAUUCUUAAAUAUGAGGAAUCCUUGUCAGAUUCUGACAACAAAAGUGUGAAUUCUGGUCGCUUGGUUGCUUGCAUAACCACUUUGUUCUUAUUCAGCAAAAUCAGGCCCCAGCUAAUGGUCAAACAUGCCAUGACCAUGCAGCCAUACCUGACCACUAAAUGUAGUACCCAGAAUGAUUUCAUGGUGAUCUGCAAUGUUGCAAAAAUCUUAGAACUUGUAGUGCCACUAAUGGAACACCCAAGUGAGACAUUUCUUGCCACUAUUGAGGAAGACCUCAUGAAACUCAUCAUCAAAUAUGGCAUGACAGUUGUUCAGCAUUGUGUGAGCUGUCUUGGGGCUGUUGUGAACAAGGUCACUCAGAACUAUAAAUUUGUGUGGGCCUGUUUUAAUAGAUACUAUGGUGCACUUUCAAAAUUAAAAAGUCAACACCAAGAAGACCCCAACAGUACAAUACUUACUGCCAAUAAACCAGCACUCCUUAGAUCACUUUUCACUGUUGGAGCACUGUGUCGGCAUUUUGAUUUUGAUCAGGAAGAUUUUAAGGGCAACAGUAAGGUUAACAUUAAGGAUAAAGUACUUGAACUACUGAUGUAUUUUACAAAGCAUUCAGAUGAAGAAGUACAGACAAAAGCCAUUAUUGGCCUUGGAUUUGCAUUUAUACAACACCCAAGUUUAAUGUUUGAACAGGAAGUGAAGACUCUGUACAACAGCAUUCUUUCGGACAAGAACUGUUCAGUAAACUUAAAAAUCCAGGUGUUGAAAAACCUUCAGACCUACUUGCAGGAGGAGGAUACACGUAUGCAGCAGGCAGACAGAGACUGGAAAAAAGUAGCAAAGCAGGAAGAUCUGAAAGAAAUGGGUGAUAUUUCCUCAGGGAUGAGUAGUUCCAUCAUGCAGCUAUAUCUCAAACAGGUCCUUGAGGCUUUCUUUCAUACCCAGUCCAGUGUACGCCACUUUGCUCUAAAUGUCAUUGCACUGACAUUAAACCAGGGUCUCAUCCAUCCUGUUCAGUGUGUGCCGUACUUAAUUGCUAUGGGCACAGAUCCAGAGCCCUCUAUGCGAAACAAAGCAGACCAGCAAUUGGUGGAAAUAGACAAAAAGUAUGCUGGGUUCAUUCAUAUGAAAGCAGUGGCUGGUAUGAAGAUGUCUUACCAGGUACAACAGGCAAUCAAUACCUGCCCACAGAAUCCUGUGAGAGGUUUUAGACAUGAUGAAUCAUCCAAUGCAUUGUGUUCACACCUAUACUCCAUGAUUCGAGGGAACCGUCAACACAGACGAGCAUUUCUAAUUUCCUUACUCAACCUCUUUGAUGAUACUGCAAAAACAGAAGUGAAUAUGCUCUUGUACAUAGCAGACAAUCUAGCCUGUUUUCCUUAUCAAACACAGGAAGAGCCACUGUUUAUAAUGCAUCAUAUAGACAUUACACUAUCAGUUUCUGGUAGCAACCUACUACAGUCAUUUAAAGAGUCUAUGGUGAAAGACAAAAAAAAGGAAAGAAAGCCUUCAUCAGACGAGGAGACUGAGAGUGACAGUAACAGUGGUAGUGAGAGCAAAAGUGAGGAGGAAGCUUCUAAGCCUCGGAGGUUGCGGAAACGAGUAAACUCUGAUUCAGAUUCUGAUGAAGAAAAUGAUAUAAAUGCCGUGAUGAAAUGUUUACCAGAAAAUUCAGCUCCUUUAAUUGAAUUUGCAAAUGUCUCCCAAGGCAUAUUAUUACUUUUGAUGCUGAAACAGCAUUUAAAGAACCUCUGUGGAUUCUCUGAUAGUAAAAUUCAGAAAUAUUCUCCAUCUGAAUCUGCAAAAGUGUAUGAUAAAGCUAUAAACAGGAAGACAGGAGUACAUUUCCAUCCAAAACAAACUCUGGAUUUUCUGCGGAGUGAUAUGGCUAAUUCUAAGAUUACUGAAGAAGUAAAGAGGAGUAUAGUAAAACAGUACUUAGAUUUCAAGCUCCUUAUGGAACAUUUGGAUCCUGAUGAAGAGGAAGAAGAUGGAGAGGUGUCAGCUAGCACAAAUGCUCGGAACAAAGCAAUUACCUCACUUCUUGGAGGAGGCAGCCCUAAAAACAAUGCAGCUGAGACAGAGGAUGAUGAAAGUGAUGGGGAGGAUAGAGGAGGAGGCACUUCAGGGUCAUUGAGAAGGUCAAAACGAAAUUCAGACUCUACAGAGUUGGCAGCACAGAUGAAUGAAAGUGUUGAUGUCAUGGAUGUCAUCGCUAUUUGCUGUCCAAAGUACAAAGACCGACCACAAAUUGCAAGAGUAGUACAGAAAACCAGCAAUGGCUUCAGUGUUCAGUGGAUGGCAGGCUCCUACAGUGGCUCCUGGACUGAGGCUAAGCGCCGUGAUGGCCGCAAACUGGUGCCUUGGGUAGACACUAUUAAAGAGUCAGACAUUAUUUACAAAAAAAUUGCUCUAACGAGUGCUAAUAAGCUGACUAAUAAAGUUGUUCAAAAUUUACGAUCGCUGUAUGCUGCCAAGGAUGGAACUUCCAGCUAAUGAAUUUGUACACACAGCCAAAUUUACAGGAAUUGAAAUAACAGAAAAACUUGAGAUAUCAACUUUCUGGGAAAAAAAAAAAAUCAGUUAAAUGAAGAGUAAGAAUGGAAUCUGGGAUGCAAGAAAAAAGAAGGAAAUAUUUGGUAAACAUUUAUGUGGGAGCUUCCUUCGCUGUUGUGCAGCAGAAACUUCUCAGUUCAUUUUUACUCCCACUGUAUUAUAGUUUAAAAAAUUGUUUAUACCUUGAAAAAAACCUUUCUGUUAAAAAAAAUAAACAAGUGAAUGUUGGAAAUUAGUCUGUUUAUGUUCUUAAUAAAGUGUUCUUGGAGUUUAAACUAGCAGCGGAUGGCUUUCUUUAGUGUAGCCCAGUUUCCAGGGAAGCAUUGUUUUUACAGGCUGUAAAGUGGCAGAAUCUCCCAGAUAUAUAAUUUUUUCUGUUGGGAAAAAAAAAAAAAAAACAAAACCGCAUGCAGUAUCUAUGACCUAUCUGCAGAAGUUUUUGUAAAUGUAGAUUUUGAUGUAUUAGGUCGCCCUGAAAUAAUACAAGAAAAGGGAUCCCCAGCAAAUCUGGUGGAAUGAAUACUGCAAUAAAUUUUUUUA